UAAAUAUAAAUAUUAUUCACUCAUCAAAUUUCUCACUCCACUGAACCACUCCCUCUCUAACUUUCUCUCUCCUCAAAUUAAUCUUCAAGCUUACUCAACUCAUCCAUGGCGUUUGAAGAUCACACCAUUUCCAGUACUCCUUUCCCAGAUUACCCUCACAUGGUAAUGGAGGCGAUUGGAAUCCUGAGCGAGAAAGAAGGAGUGAGCAGAGAUGCAAUAACGAAGCACAUAGAGUCAAACUACGCAGAUCUACCACCAACGCACGCCACACACGUGAGUCACACGCUCGAGAAGCUCAACCAAACAGGUCAACUCAUGACGUUGAAAGACGACACCUACAUGCUGACGAUGAAGCAACAACAACCACCAGCUGACGACGGAGACGACGACGGUGAUGAGGAGGAGGAAGAAGAGGAGGAAGAAGAAGAAGAACAGCCAGUGAAGAGAGGACGUGGACGUCCACCAAAGGUGAAAGGGCCAGGACCCGUUUCUGUUGGGCUGGAUUCGCCCCAACAAGGUUCAAGGCCCAGAGGAAGGCCUCCUAAGAGUAGGGAUUUACUUGCCCCGGUUACCCGGCCCACUAAGCCGAGCCCUACUGGAAGGCCACGUGGCAGGCCGAAGAAGAAUCCGACGGAAGUUACCGUUACUGGUGGUGGACCCGAGAUUAGUGUUGGUGGUGUGAAGAGGGGUAGAGGUCGUCCAAGGAAGAGUUGAUGAUGAUUGGGGGGUAGUUUGGUAAUUUGGUAGGGUUUGGUGGGGGUAGAAUUGUAAAUUUAGUGUGAUGAGAAUGGUAGAGAGAGUGAAGUAGCAGUAGAAAUGAUGUUGAUGUUGUUGUUACAUGCCUUUUGGGUUUUUUUUUUUAGAAAAAAAAAUGGAAAAGAAAAAGGUGAAAUUAAAUUCUUGUGACAA